CGGUGCGCUAGCAGAACAGCUUCUGUUAGCUAGUGAAGUGAACAUUUAUUUACAUUAUAUUUGGAGAGGAACAGUCAAUACAACACACAGAUAAGGGAUUUAUUCAGACUCACCAUGGCUGAAGCCUCAGUGACUGGCAGUGUCAAACUGAGCCCAGAAGCUGAAGAGUUUGUACCAGGGAGACUAAGCCAGCCGCUGCCCCGAAGAGGCCGCCCAUGGUCAAACCACAACAGAAACUGGGAAGGUCGUGAUCGACCACAUCCAAGGUCAAGUCAAUCUAGUUCAGCCCUAUAUGCAAAUGAGCAACAGCAAUACUAUGACAACACUGCUAUACCAUUACAUGGCACUUCAUCUACAAGGCAUGACAUAAGAGGAGGGAGAGGAAGAGGGCGUGGAGGAAGAGGAGGCAACCACAACAGUGAUCUUCCAACACAGGGUCCAAGAUUUGCAAGGCCAAAAAGUAACAAUGACCAUUUAAGGCAGGACAGGGGAACUAAUUGUCCACCUGUCCACAAUUUUCUGGAUGCGGAGAAUCUUCAAAACCCCACUGGUGAAGCUCACAUGAGAGAGACCCAACCUGACACCAGAGAAGCCUUGCCAAAAAAGUCCAGAAGAGGGAAAGGAGAUGCAAGGAAGCCAUUAACCAGAGAAAAGGCAACGAAUCAGGCCAACCCUGCAGCAGCUGAUGCUUAUCCAGCUACAGAUGUGCUAGUUGAGCAUGUGGAACCAGAGAACAACCCAAGAAACAAUAAAGAAUGGAGAGGAAGUGGAAGGUUGGCCAAUCAUAGGAAGAAAGGGCCUGCCAUACACCCUAGUAUCCAAGGAAACUGGAGAGAGAGAGCACCACAGCACAUGGAUAAAGAGGAUGAUGACUUAAAAGAAGACAAGGCCAGAGGAAGCAAAGAGGACCCUAACUGGAGAAGUGGGACUGGAAGAGAUCAAGAAAAAAGGGCACGGAUUCAUGAGCAAGGGCCGAGGCGAGCGGGCGGUGCUGAAAGGAGGACAGGACCAAUCAAACGAGUGGAGCUUCCCAAGAGCAAAGAGACACAGACAAGCUGCCUGAUUGAGCAGCUGACUGAGGAGAAGUACGAGUGUAUGGUGUGUUGUGAUAUAAUCCGUCUGAUGGCACCCGUUUGGAGCUGUCACAGCUGCUUCCACGUCUUCCACCUAAACUGCAUUAAGAAGUGGGCUCGCUCGCCUGCCUCCCAGGCUGAUGAGAGUGGUCAGGGCUGGCGUUGUCCGGCUUGCCAAAAUGUGUCCAUUCAGCUUCCAAGCUCGUAUAUCUGCUUUUGUGGGAAGGUUACCAAUCCAGAGCAUCAGCGCAAUGAGAUUCCACACAGCUGUGGUGAAAUUUGUGGCAAGAAAAGGACUGGGGAGGACUGCAAUCAUCGCUGCAAUAUUUUAUGUCAUCCAGGCCCGUGCCCACAGUGCCCAGCUUUUGUCACAAAAUCCUGCAUUUGUGGAAGAACAAGUAAGCAGGUGCGCUGCAGUCAGACAGGAGCCUUGCGAUGUGAGCAAGUGUGUGGUGCUCAGCUGAACUGUGCUGAGCACUCCUGUUCAGAGAUUUGCCACCAGGGCCAGUGCCAGCCAUGCCAGGUCCGCGUCCAGCAAGUGUGUUACUGUGGAGUGGUGCACAGAGAGGUGGCGUGUGGAACUGACAGGGAAAAUUUUGAUGGGUCUGGACAUUUCUCCUGUCAUAAACCAUGUGGAAAAAUGCUGGAGUGCCAGUCUCACCGCUGCCAGCAGAUGUGUCACACUGGUGAUUGUCAGCCUUGCCCUUUAUCACCCAGCCGGGUGCGCAGCUGUCCAUGUGGACAGACAUCCCUGGCUAAGCUGCUGGAGCUGGGCUAUUCAGAGAGAAGGACCUGCACUGACCCCAUUCCAUCCUGUGGGAAGACCUGCAACAAGCCAUUGCCCUGUGGUGACGAUGACACUGUUCAUCUGUGCAGCAAGCUCUGCCAUGAGGACAGAUGUGGCCCAUGCUCUCUCACCUCUACCAUUAAGUGCAGAUGUGGAACUAAGACCAAGGCGGUUCCAUGUGCAGAAGUUAAAAGUGAAGAGUUGACGUUUACCUGUGAGAAACGUUGCAAUAAGAAGCGCUCGUGUGGCAGACACAAAUGUGGAGAGCUGUGCUGCAUAGACAUUGAGCAUAAAUGCACUUUAAUCUGUGGCUACAAACUCAACUGUGGUCAUCACCGCUGCCUGGAAGUGUGUCACCUUGGAAACUGCCAACAGUGCUGGCAAACCAGUUUUGAUGAGCUGACCUGCUACUGCGGUGAAACAGUGAUGUAUCCUCCUAUCCCAUGUGGCACCAGACCUCCUGAGUGCAAAAAAACAUGUUCCCGUCAGCACGACUGUGAUCAUCCAGUUUUCCACUCUUGCCACAGUGAGGAAAGAUGUCCUCCUUGUACCUACCUCACCAAGAAGUGGUGCAUGGGCAACCAUGAGCAAAGGAGUAAUAUUCCAUGUCACCUGCAAGAUAUCUCCUGUGGUUUGGUCUGUAAUCAAUCCUUGUCCUGUGGCUUUCACUGCUGUAAGAAAAUAUGCCACCGUGGCGAUUGCCAAGCUGAAGGGGAGUGUAAGCAGCCCUGCCCUCAACCAAGACCUGAAUGUGGACACCCCUGUAAUGCCCCGUGCCACUUUGGCUCCCCCUGCCCAUACAUCUCCUGCACUGCCAAGGUUGCCAUUCAGUGUGAUUGUGGCCGCAGAAAAGAGACCAUACCAUGCACAGAGGCGACUAGCCAUUCCCAAAGACAUGCAGCCAUUGCCAUGGCAAGCAAGUUGUCAGAUUUGCAGCUGGGAGACUCGGUCAACAUUGCUCAGCUCACCAAGAAGGAUCAGAAACAGGCCAGGCUGGAAUGUGAUCAAGAGUGUGCAACCCUGGAGAGAAAUCGGCGACUGGCUGAGGCGCUGCAAAUUGAUCAGACCGUUGAUGCAUUUAACAGCAAAUCCUCAUCUGGCAAAUAUAGUGACUCCCUCAAAGAAGAUGCCAGAAAAGAAUUCAAGCUUGUCAAGGAGGUGGAGGAGGAGAUCAGAAAUCUGGUUGAACUUGCAAACAAGGGUAAACAACCAAGGAGAGUUCACAGUUUUCAGCCCAUGAAGCGUGAGCACCGGAGAAUUGUCCACGAGCUGGCAGAGGUGUAUGGUGUGGAGAGCGACAGCUACGAUAGUGAACCCAAGCGCAAUGUUGUCAUCACCGCCAUCAAGGGGAAAUCUGCAUGUCCCACCUCCACUUUGACGGCCCUGAUUGAGAGAGAAACUGCUGCCAGAGCCCCUCCACCCAUUGCCCAUUUUAAACAAUACAGCAGCAAGACUGACAGUAGCAAUGCCUGGCCUAAGCAUCCGAAAGAUGAGCCCUCGAUUGAUUACUUUGAUGUUCAAGAUUAAGAAACACUGACAUGUAAUCACUGUAAUAGUCACUUAGAGUGAUGAAAAUCAUAUGAAUGAAACUGGGCACUUAAUGAGUCUGCAAUCUGCAUUUUCAAUAAAGGCAUCUUCUGUCAGAUUA